CCCUUUAUAGCCUUGUAAAAUGACAGAUCGACCAUCCAUUAUUUAGUUGCUACGAGUACCUCCUCUAUUGCAUAAGUUAGAUGCAACUAAUUGCAAAAUACAUUCUUUAGUAAAAAGUAGGAAAAAAGAAAAAUCUGUGAUAAAAUGAUGAAAAAAGAAAGACUGAAUUGUUUAGGUACAUCUUAUUCAAAAAAAUAAAAAUCAACGAAAAUUAAAUCAGUCAAUGGUAGUGGAAGAUCUUGAUGCUAUGACAAAAAAUGGAACGGAAGUUGAUGAAUCCAACAAUUAUCAGCCGGUUGGUACAAAUAAUCCUAAAGAUAAAAGUGUAUUUUCAAUGACAAUGGAUGAAUUAAACGAGUUUGAUCAAACGUUGAAUAACAAGAUAGAAGAGUGUCAAAACAUGAUUGUCAUGUACAAAUCAAGAAUGGCUGAAAUUGAAUCAGAAAAACGUGAAGAACCGAUUGUUAAUAAUGAUGAAGGUGGAAGAAUUUGUUGA